AUGUCUAUCGAUGGUGUCCUUGUGAAUGUGCGUGACCCUGACUUCGUGUUGGGGACGCACAGAGACGGUGUGCACACGAAGGUCGAAGGCCAGGCCUUUAACCAGACUGACAAUCAGAGGUGGACCUCGAAAUACAAAUAUGUCAAAGAAACAGACACGCAUUUGUGGUCGGUCCAGAACAAGGAUACUGGAGAUUACUUGUCAUGGAAUUCGAGCAAGCAAGUCAUCAUGAGCGACACUGAGCACUGGUGGAAAUUGGUCUUCGUAGGCGGCAAUGUCGUAUUCCAAAUCCCGCAUGACCCCAAGGAUGAUCAAAGCAUCUAUACUUUGGAACUUGAAGAUAAUGAAUCGGUCACCCUCAAGGACCAGCAGGAGCCUCCCAUCAAAAGGCAGCUGUGGAUGAUCGAGAAUAAAUGA